AUGGACUGGUUGACAUUAUCCGGCAUGCCAGUAUUUGACACCUUGCAGCCGAGAGGCGAGGAGCGCACUUACAACAACCCUAUGAUGGAUUGUUCAAGCAUGGAUGAAUCAAAGACAAUUGACAUCACCUUUGAAGACCUAGAUGUCAUGUCAGCUCAUGACCGGCUGAGAGAUGGCAAUAGAUUGAAGACGGUCCACUUUCAAACCGGGGAUGACCACCGGUCAUUGGACGUGGGUUUUUCUGAGUCAGAUGAUGACUGGAUAACCAACCCUCACAACCACCCACAACCGGACAUGUUGGAUAUGCAAUUCCCCACCCUGUCUGACGAUGAACAGUCAAAUGGUGAGAUGUUAGAAUUGGGGUUUCCUCCAGAGUCGGACGUUGGAGAUGUGCUAGAUUUGGGGGUUUCGAUAUCGAUGUCAGUGAUCCGGCCGGACACACAGAUGAGGGUGCUGGAAAUGGGCUUCAACAUGAAUCAUGUAGAUGAAUUGGCUGGACUUAAGGAAUAA